GGACCCGAGGCAGCUCCCUGAAGGAGGAGGACCAAGGCGAAAGGGGUCUGGGGACCAAGAAGGCUGGGGAUCGGGCUGCGCAGGUGGAGAGAGAGUUAGUGGGGACACUUAAGCCUGGGAUUCGGCUUUCCGAGAGGCGUUGAGGCCCACUGUGGGCCGGACGGAGGUGGAAGAGCCUGGGAAGAUGCCACGGCCGGGGAAGAGUUCCUACAGCGACCAAAAGCCGCCCUACUCUUACAUCUCACUGACCGCCAUGGCCAUCCAGCACUCGGCUGAGAAGAUGCUGCCUCUGAGCGACAUCUACAAGUUCAUCAUGGAGCGCUUCCCCUACUACCGCGAGCACACGCAGCGCUGGCAGAACAGCCUGCGCCACAACCUCUCCUUCAACGACUGUUUCAUCAAGAUCCCUCGGAGGCCUGAUCAACCCGGUAAGGGCAGCUUCUGGGCUCUACACCCUGACUGCGGUGACAUGUUCGAGAACGGCAGCUUCUUGCGGCGCCGCAAGCGCUUCAAGGUGCUGCGCGCAGACCACGCUCACCUACACUCAGGAAGCAGCAAGGGCGCGUCGGGCACGGGGCCCGGAGGUCACCUGCAUCCCCACCACGCACACCACCAUCACCACCAUCACCACCACGCCGCACACCAUCACCACCAUCACCACCCGCCGCAGCCGCCGCCGCCGCCGCCACCGCACAUGGUGCCCUAUUUCCACCAGCAGCCGGCUCCCGCUCCGCAGCCGCCACACCUCCCGUCGCAGCCCGCGCAGCAGCCACAGCCGCAGUCGCAGCCUCCGCAGACGUCCCAUCCCGGCAAGAUGCAGGAGGCGGCGGCCGUGGCGGCGGCGGCGGCAGCGGCGGCGGCCGCAGCAGUGGGCAGCGUGGGGCGUCUGUCUCAGUUCCCACCCUACGGGCUGGGCUCGGCCGCCGCCGCAGCCGCUGCCGCCGCCGCGUCCACCACGGGCUUCAAACACCCAUUCGCCAUAGAAAAUAUCAUUGGGCGGGACUACAAGGGCGUGCUGCAGGCUGGAGGGUUGCCUUUGGCGUCGGUCAUGCACCACUUGGGCUACCCCGUGCCGGGCCAGCUCGGCAAUGUUGUCGGCUCCGUGUGGCCUCAUGUUGGCGUGAUGGAUUCGGUGGCCGCGGCCGCCGCUGCUGCCGCCGCAGCUGGGGUCCCGGUAGGCCCGGAGUAUGGGGCAUUCGGGGUGCCAGUCAAGGCUCUGUGCCACUCGGCAAACCAGAGCCUGCCAGCUGUACCGGUGCCCAUCAAGCCCACGCCUGCGCUACCACCCGUGACCACGUUGCCGCCGGCGUUGUCUGUCCCCACGGCGUCGCAGCAGCUGCCUGCUCCUUCCACCGUGUGCGCGUCCGCCGCCUCACCCACAGCCCCUCUUCUGGAGCCCACCGCAGCCGGCAGGGCUGACAGUAAGGGGGGCUCCCUGCACUCUGUGUUGGUGCAUUCCUAGGGGAUCCCAAGACCGGUGAGAAGGCGCCUGUA